CAUAAACUACUAAAAAAAGGGAAAGUUUAAAACAAAGCUUUGACAAGGUUAGCAGCUGAGCACAACAUGGUGAAUAUUCCUUGGAUGCUAGAGAACAGUGAUCGGUUUUCAUUCAAAGUCUACAUAUAAACAUUUUUCACUGUUUGGAUUUGUUCUGAACUGCAAGAGAGGUUCUGGCUGUCUAACCUCCUCUUCCACAUUUUCCCAGUUAACAGGCCAGUGCAAAAUGAACACUUCCACCAGUGAACCGGAGAUGGAGAUACAGACAACAACGUAUUACUAUGAACAGUUUGAUGCAGCACCAUGUUCAAAUAAUGUCAAACAAUUUGCAUCCCACUUUGUGCCACCGCUUUAUUCCUUGGUGCUGAUAUUUGGCCUGGUGGGCAAUGUGCUCGUUGUGCUGAUCCUGAUAAAAUACAAGAAGCUGAGAAGCAUGACUGACAUCUAUCUGCUGAAUCUGGCAAUUUCUGAUUUGCUUUUUAUUUUUUCCCUGCCAUUUUGGGCUUACUACAUAGCAGAUGAGUGGCAUUUUGGAAAUGCAAUGUGUAAAAUUCUUUCAGGGGUCUAUUUUGCUGGCUUCUACAGUGGAAUGUUUUUCAUAAUACUUUUGACAAUAGAUAGAUAUCUGGCCAUUGUCCAUGCAGUGUUUGCUUUAAAAGCUAGGACAGUUACCUACGGCAUCCUCACAAGUGUUGUCAUUUGGGGUAUUGCAAUAUUAGCCUCUCUUCCAGGGUUUAUAUUUCAUAGUGUUCAAAAGGAAGGUCCUCGCUGGACUUGCAGCUCUCAUUAUCCAUCAAAUUAUGAAAAAGAAUGGAGGCAAUUCCUGAUUUUAAAGAUGAACAUCCUGGGACUUGUCAUUCCAUUUGUCAUUAUGAUCUUCUGCUACAUAGAAAUUAUAAAAAUAUUACUGAGACGUAGGAAUGAGAAAAAACAUAAGGCAGUCAGGCUUAUUUUUAUCCUAAUGAUUGUUUAUUUUAUCUUCUGGACACCAUACAACAUUGUUGUUCUCAUAUACACGUUUCAAGAUUCAUUUUCCCUAAAUACCUGUGAGGGCAGCAGUCAGCUGGAGAUAGCAAUCCAAGUGACAGAAGCUAUUGCAAUGUUCCACUGUUGUAUCAACCCUGUGAUCUAUGCCUUCGCUGGUGAAAAGUUUAGGAAAUAUCUUUAUACCUUUUUCCAAAAAGACAUUGCAAUCUACCUCUGCAAACACUGUCCAGCUCUUCAUGGUGAUAAAUUAGAACGGUUUAGCUCCACAUAUACCCCAUCCACUGCAGAGCAUGAUAUCUCCAUUGGUUUGUAAAGUGCAUUAGAAAUAUAUCUAGUAAAAGUUUCAUCCUCCUUUUAACUUAAAAUGUUGUGGAAUUAAUCAGAUUUGUAUGGUCAUUAUCCUUAAAAACUGUACAAUCACAGUGGCUAAUUUUGUUGUGGCAUUGCAGUAUUUCUCAUUCUCUAUGCAGUGAAUGCUAUCAACUCCACAGGAAAGCUAAAUACUGCUGUUUGAUAAGUGUCCACUUCAACAUGGAAUCCAAUGUAGUAAGAUUUUGUUUUCUGGAUGUUGGCCAGUGAACAAAGUGUCAGUGUGGUUUCCUCCGGAAAUAUAAUUCAGAAGAUGGUGUGAAGAGGGCAGAGAAUGAGGUAUGUCCUCACUCAAGAACCAGUUAUCUAUAUGCAAAGACUAUAAGAAAAACUCUGGGAGGAAGGCAGCUGUCGGAGAGUGUUUUGGCCAUUUAUAUGGAGCUUGAUGUGCCUUGUUUUACUUCAACAUUUUUCAUUAAUGGGAAUUUAUGACAAAAGCAGUUUUGCAACAAAAUAAGAAUAAAAGGAUCUAAAAUUACCAUGAAUUUUAAAAAAUAGUGUUUUUUUUCAUAAUAUAAUCAACUACCUAUAUGGUAGGGGGAGGUUUAUUUACAGAUAUGCUGCUACCCUAUUUUUCCUACAGGGCAGGAAGACCUCUUAAAUCGCCAUGAAAAAGAGGUUUUGGAUAAACAGGGGAAUAAAAGAUUGUGCACAUUUCUGUUGAGGGAUAUGACUGACCUUCUGUUAGCCAGAAUUGCAGCAAACAGGCCUAUGCUAUUAACCAGUGACUAUCUCUUUAAAACAAUCCUUUCCCCUUGACGAUUGCAUUACUUUACCUUAUUUAGAAUUCAGUUUUACGCCUGUAACUUAAACAUUCAAUUACUUAUCUCUUUAAGAGCCAACUUUUUUUAAAGGGGCUGUGACAUAGUGUGAGUAAUCUUAGGCUGACUCACCACUUAGUAAGCAUCCCUACAUGAGGCAAAUUAGGGGGAUAAUUGGCUAAAGACUAAAUGAUUAACCAGUUUACCAGGUGGCUCAUCUCAUCAGCUGAGAACAGCUAAAAGGGAGAGAUGAAGAGAGGAGAGGGGUAGGCUGCAAGGGAGGGCCUGAGAAGCCCAGGGUCUCAAAAAGGUAAAAUCUCUUCUCCCCACCCUCACCCUAUGCAUAGGGAGUGUAGUAGAGAGAGAGACCCUGGAGCAUGGGACCUGGUGAAAGACCUGAGGCCUGAAGCACAGUUAGCAAAGCCAAGCCAUGUUAUGAGCCAAAGUCAAGCCCCAUGAUAAAGCAAAUGCCUGCUUACAAAUUCACUGUCUGGUACAUGAACUUGGCAAAAACAUGUCUGACAUUGCUAAAACACAGAUGCUCCUAAGAAGUACUGGACACUGGGUAUUCAUAAAGGCUAGUACAGGUUCACCCCAACAUAGAGUUAUAGCAUAAACAAAAUCCUGGGAGAUGGUACAGGAACACACCGACCCCCAGUUAAGACAAGGAUAGGAGGACAGAAUGAUGGGUGGAGAUGUUUUGUUUGAACCAGCAGGUACAAGGUGUAGUGUCGAUAACAUGUUGGUAAUACAUCUGAAUUGUAAUACGUAACUUAUUGGCAUCAAUGUAUAAAAGAGAAAUCAAAGAAGGGGCACCUUUGUCCAGCCAAGGGGGCAGCAGAAAGUCCUGCUGCUGACUGAGCUGAGUCAA